GUUUAAAAAAAAACAAAAACAAAAACAAAAGGCGCAGCUUACAGACUAUUCUCUCUCUCUCUCUGCAAUGGCUCUCUUCGCUUCCAUCUCCACCACACCACUCUCCAUCUCCGUCCCUAUUCGCCGCCCUCUAUACUUUCACCAGCGCUUUUCUCAUCCGUACGCUUGCUUGAGUUCCUCGCCAUCAUCUUCAUCCCGUGAGUCAAAAUCUUCACCACCAAGUGAACCCAGGCUUCCAUCGACAUCUUCGUCCUCCAAACACUUCGUUGUGGAGCCCUCUACACCCUCUGAUUCGGGUAUAAACUAUGCCCUAGCUAACCCUAACGGCAACCCGGUUGCCCGUUUUAUUAGGUCCACCGAAUCGUCCGUUGAGAGGGCAAUUUUUGACUUCCGCUUCUUGGCACUUCUGGCUGUUGGAGGCUCGUUGGCCGGCUCUCUUUUGUGCUUUCUCAAUGGUUGUGUUUAUAUUGUAGAUGCAUAUAAAGUUUACUGGACGAGCUGUGCCAAAGGGAUUCACGCAGGAAAGAUGGUUCUACGACUAGUUGAAGCUAUUGAUGUUUAUCUUGCUGGGACUGUCAUGUUAAUAUUCGGUAUGGGCUUAUAUGGAUUAUUUAUCAGUAAUGUGCCUCCUGAUGUGCCUACCAGUCUUGAUCGUGCCCUCAAGGGCUCCUCUCUGUUUGGAAUGUUUGCUCUCAAGGAGAGGCCUCGAUGGAUGAAAAUUAGCUCACUCGAUGAAUUGAAGACAAAAGUGGGACACGUUAUUGUCAUGAUUCUUUUAGUUAAGAUGUUUGAGAGGAGCAAGAUGGUAACAAUUGCCACUGGUGUGGAUCUGUUAAGUUAUUCUGUAUGUAUUUUCUUAUCAUCUGCCUCUUUGUACAUCCUUCAUAAUCUGCACAAAUCAGACUAGGGAUGUCUGAUAUAUAAUAUCAAACGAUGUAACAUUUGUUCCCACUUCGAAAAGUAAAUGUUCAUGUUCGAAAAGAUUGCCUAUGGA